AUGCAUGCCAGAAACCCCCAUUCUCCUUUUCAAAGACAACAUAUGAUGGAUUGCGAUCUCUCAGCCCAGCAGGACACGGGGACCAUGCAAGCUGUAAUUGGUCAGGAUCCAAUGAUAGCUGGACAAGUCAGUAAGCCCUUGCUGUCAGUGCGGAGUGAAAUGAAUGCGGAGUUGAGAGGUGAGGACAAGGCUGCUACUUCAGACAGCGAGCUGAAUGAGCCCCUGCUUGCGCCCGUGGAAUCAAAUGACAGCGAGGACACUCCCAGCAAGCUCUUCGGGGCCAGAGGAAACCCAGCCCUGUCAGACCCAGGCACUCCUGAACACCAGGCCAGUCAGACCCACCCCCCUUUCCCAGUUGGGCCACAGCCACUUCUGACAGCACAGCAGUUAGCCUCGGCAGUUGCUGGUGUGAUGCCCGGAGGCACGCCGGCCCUCAACCAGCCUAUCCUCAUCCCCUUCAACAUGGCCGGACAGCUAGGGGGGCAGCAAGGACUGGUCCUCACACUGCCUACUGCGAAUCUCACCAACAUCCAAGGGCUGGUAGCAGCAGCUGCAGCUGGAGGCAUUAUGACUCUGCCAUUGCAAAAUCUACAAGCUACCUCAUCCCUGAACUCCCAGCUCCAGCAGCUCCAGCAGCUUCAGCAGCUCCAGCAGCAGCAGCCGCCACCGCCCCCGGCCCCGCCGGGCAGCCAGCACCCGCAGCCCGCCCCGCAGGCGCCCCCGCCGCCCCAGCAGCCGCCGCCCCAGCCCGCCCCGCAGCCCCAGCAGCCGCCGCCCGCCUCCCAGCCACUGCCGGCUCCGCCCGCGCAGCCCCCGCAGCCUCCAGCCCACCCUCACCCCCAGAGCCAGAACCAACCGUCUCCGACUCAGCAGAGCGCCAGCCCCCCUCAGAAAGCCAGCCAGUCUCCGGGACACGGCCUCCCGUCGCCGCUCACGCCACCCAAUCCUCUGCAGCUGGUUAAUAAUCCACUAGCAAGUCAGGCUGCAGCGGCUGCAGCAGCAGCAGCCAUGGGCUCCAUAGCAAGUUCACAGGCCUUUGGCAAUACCCUCUCCAGUCUGCAGGGGGUCACGGGUCAACUAGUUACUAAUGCACAAGGACAGAUUAUUGGGACCAUUCCUCUGAUGCCGAAUCCAGGGCCCUCAAGCCAAACACCGAGCGGCACUCAGGGCCUUCAAGUGCAGCCGAUCACCCCCCAGCUCCUGACGAACGCCCAGGGCCAGAUCAUUGCCACAGUCAUCGGGAACCAGAUCCUGCCUGUGAUCAACACGCAGGGCAUCACGCUCUCCCCCAUCAAGCCUGGCCAGCAGCUCCACCAACCCUCCCAGACGUCAGUGGGUCAAGCAGCCUCCCAAAGCAGUCUUCUGCACCUGGCUCACAGCCAAGCAUCCAUGUCUCAAAGCCCCGUCCGGCAGGCUUCCUCCUCUUCCUCCUCAUCCUCCUCUUCUUCAGCUUUGAGCGUGGGCCAGUUAGUCAGCAAUCCUCAAACGGCUGCGGGUGAGGUGGAUGGGGUUAAUCUGGAGGAGAUCCGAGAAUUUGCCAAAGCUUUUAAAAUCCGGCGCCUGUCCCUCGGCCUGACCCAGACUCAGGUGGGCCAGGCCCUCAGUGCCACAGAGGGCCCCGCGUACAGCCAGUCGGCCAUCUGCAGACACACCAUCCUGAGAAGCCACUUUUUCCUACCACAGGAAGCCCAAGAGAACACUAUAGCUAGCAGUCUGACAGCCAAACUGAACCCUGGCCUUUUGUAUCCUGCCAGGUUUGAAAAGCUGGACAUCACUCCUAAAAGUGCCCAGAAGAUCAAGCCGGUGCUUGAGCGGUGGAUGGCUGAGGCUGAGGCCCGCCAUCGAGCAGGUAUGCAGAACCUCACCGAGUUUAUCGGGAGUGAACCGUCCAAAAAGCGCAAGAGGCGCACCUCCUUCACGCCCCAGGCCCUUGAGAUCCUCAAUGCCCACUUUGAGAAGAACACACACCCCUCUGGGCAGGAAAUGACCGAAAUUGCCGAGAAGCUGAACUAUGACCGGGAAGUAGUUAGAGUUUGGUUCUGCAAUAAGAGGCAAGCCCUGAAGAACACGAUUAAACGCUUAAAGCAGCACGAGCCAGCCACGGCGGUCCCUCUGGAGCCCUUAACAGACUCGCUGGAAGAAAAUUCCUAA